CAAGCUGUUAGCCCGUUAAAGCCGCUACCCGUCGCCAUAGUGACGAGACCCCGGAAAUACACCGUGAUCAGCUUACUGCAUGUUUAUCAGAGAGGAACAAACACAUAAUCACCGAGUUUGCUUUGUUUGUUUGUUUAUUCAUCGAACAUGUCGGAGCCUGAAGAAGAGCUGAAGGGAGAGCAGAGAGACAGCAGCAAGAAGAAGAAGAAGAAAAAAAAGAAGAAAAAAGAGAAGAGACUGGAGGAGAAGGAGGAAGAGGAGGAGGAGAAGUCGGAACAAGUGGAGCAGGUGGAGGAAGAGCAGAGUGAGACUGUGUUGCUGCGUGGGAUCUUCAAAGUGGGAAAGAAGAGUCAUGACGUCCUGCUCACGAGAACUAGAUUGACCUGGACCCCCAUUCUCCCGGAGACCCCCACAGGUGAAGCAAGUGUCCUGCAGCCAGGUGUAAUGCAUCUGCAGGACGUGUUUGCAGUGAGGGUGAAGCGGCGGCGAGCGGCGGGCCAGCAGUCGGGGGGCGCUGUGCUCGGUGUGGCCCUUUUCUACUGUAGCAGGAGAGGGAGGAAGCUGGAGGAAGACACGCUGCACCUGCACAACGCCUCUGCAGAACACACACACACCUGGUUCAACACUCUGAAGGAGAUCCUCUCAGGGUUCAGCAGUCGUCCCAGGUAUCUAAAGGUGUUCAUCAACCCCAGCAGCCACAAAAAAGAGGCCGUGCACAUCUACAGAGAACAUGUGGCUCCACUUUUCAAGAUGGCUGACAUCCGCACUGACAUCACAGUAACCGAAAGGAAGGGUCAUGCUCUCUCAGUGAUGAAGGAAUGCAAACUGGAUGAAUUUGAUGGGGUGGUGUGUGUUGGUGGGGAUGGAUCGGUGGCAGAGAUGUGUCAUGCUCUGGUCCUCAGAGCUCAGCUGGAUGCAGAUACUCCAGAAAACCCAGUGAAACCAGUGCUUCCACUUGGAAUCAUACCUGCUGGUUCUACAGAUGUGGUUUCCUGUUCAGUUCAUGGAGUUAGAGAUCCUGUUACUGCAGCCCUUCACAUUGUCCUAGGUCACCUGCAGCAGGUGGACAUGUGCAGCUUCUGGUCUCUCGGUCAGUUGGUGCGUUUUGGUUUCUCCGCCAUGUUUGGUUUUGGUGGGCGGAGCUUAGCACGGGCAGAGAAGAAGAGGUGGAUGUCAUCGUCCCGGAGGCGAGAAUACGCUCUGGUGAAGACACUGGCCAAACUAAGCCCGGAGGACUGUCAGCUGUCAUUUUUACCAGCAAAGAAGUCAAACAGUAGUUUGUUUAGACAUCGAGAUCAGGACCAAGACCCAGAGUCAGAAGGGGAGGAAUCCUGGAGAACCAAUCAGGGCCUGUAUCUGAGCAUCAGCAUCAUGUCCAUCCCCUGUUUAAGUCCACAUGCACCUCAAGGAUUGGCUCCAAACACCAGUUUGGCAAAUGGCAGCGCAUCACUGAUUACAGUAGGAAAUGCAUCCAGGUCAGAGUUCAUCAAACACCUGAAGAGAUACAGUAGCUCUAGUGGACUGUUCAGCUUCUCCUUUGUGGAGACGCAUGCUGUGUCAGCAGUGAGGAUCCGCCCCUGCUCACUGAUCGGCGGGUCUGAGGAGGACAGCGAGGAAGAGGGAGAUUCCAAAACCACACCCAUUAUCCAAUCAGAUGGAGCCACCUUCCCCUGGAACAUCGACGGAGAGUUGGUGGAGAUCUCUAAUGAAGUGCUCAUCAGGGUCCACUCAAGACUCAUCACACUGUAUGGAGAAGAAGUUGAUGAGGCAGAGUUGACCAGUUCAUGCAGCUGCAUCUGAAAACAACAGGGGCUGCUGCUUUCUUUUCAGGUCAAAAAGACAAAGACCAUCAUAACAACCACGAUGACUCAACAGCGCCCCCUUUUGGUCACAAUGUUAUCACGAUAGAAAAAUAGUAAAAGUUUUACAGCUUUAUGUUUGUAAAUUCUUUUAUUUAUUUGUUUUAAUCUAACAAGCUUUAACCUCAUCUCUGAAACAAACUGUGCUUUAUGAUUGAUUAAUUAGCUACAACAAUGGCCAGUAAAGAUUAAAAGACAUCAAUGUUUACAUUACCCAUAUUUUAACAGCUCAUUUUUGUCUGAAUCAGUUUAAUCUUAA